AUGCAAGGAUGGUCAUUCCGCCUGACCCAGACAAUCCUGCUAGAAUUGGUCCUGUUCCAGAUAUUUGUUGCACUGCAACCAGCCCAUCAUUACUGGCGGCAUCUCAACGACUUGGCCUCGACAACGUCGUUCGGGGGAUACAACAAGGAGCCGUGGCUGGACAGCGCGUCCCCCUCGUGUUUGCGGGCGUAUCUCUCCUGGUGCUACAUGAACACCAUGCUGAAUGUUUGGGAGUGCGUCGGUGGAGCGUGGUUGCUCGAUACCAAGCUGAUGAUCUUCAUUUAUCGCCGCAUGGGCGCAAAGAUUACCUGGACGACCAGCAUCAGCGUCUUCAUUCGCGACUUCGAUUCCGUGGACGUCCAGGCAGGAGCCAAUGUGGGUGGCAACCUGUACGUCCGGCGGUUUGAGGCUUCUUGCAUGGACGUCAAGCCCAUCAUGAUUGGUGAAGGCGCGGAUAUUAGGACCGGGUCCGUGGUGUACGGAGGGGCAAGCGUCGGGGAUCAUUGGCAUCAUCAAUAUGUCGCAGCAUGUGGUGGUCCAGCCCAUGGCGGCGUGUCGCUGAAUGUUCCUGGCCCAUGUGUCGCCAUACCCUGUCUGAUCGAGUUGGUGAAGCUGUUCUCGAUCCUGUGCGCCAUGGUUGCUAUGACGACAAUGACCUACAUCCCGACCAUACUGUACAAGUGUGCCGGCCUAUCGGGGAAAUUCCGCUGCACGGUCCUGGUCAAGAUCAUUUUUCUCGUCGCCGGAGUACCGAGCCAGCUCGCUCUCUACAUUGUUUUGCUCAAGUGGGCUCUCACAGGCACGUUGGGAUCUGAAAGUUACGUAUGGCGCAUUCCUCGUUGUUCGCUACGAUGGAUACUGGCAGGUCGGGUGACAGAGGGCUCCUGCCAGCCGACCACCUUUCAGAAUUGGCGACGCUGGUACCUCGGCAGGCUUAACACGCUUGCGUUCGCCUACUUGCACCCCUUCAACAGGUGUCCGAGAUACGAGUGGUGGGCGGCCGCCCUUGGCGUGAAAGCGGGGCGUGGGUCGGUCGUCUUGCUGCAAGGGUACAACCCGGAGGACGCACACUUGGUUGAGGUAAUAGUUAUCGGGUCGAAGGCAUUAGUCGGGUUCAGGGCACACCUCAGCGCCGGCUGUACCGUCGGCAAUGAUGCAAUGCCGGCCGUUUGUCUCUUGUCGACCAUGUUUUCUGUCCAGCUUGGUGGGUACUUCAAGCUAAGGCCUAGAGAACAUCUCCCCGACGGAUCGGUGACGACGUGCGACCAGCAAGGUGCCUUCCAACUUCGUGGGACUGCCCGCACCUCGCCCGCACAAAGCGAUGUCCAUGAAGAUUCCGGCGACGCUGUCAGGGCGGACUUGAUCGACGCAGCGUGCACCGUGGGGGCUUGCUCCCUCAACAUUCUGGCCUUGGUGGCGUCUUUCGAGGCAACCAAGCUAGCGGCAUCUCUGUGGUCGAGAGGCGAUUCCUUCGACACGAGGGUUGCCGUGCUUUCGACGGUGGCCUUGGUCGUGUGGGCACUUGCCUCGGCUAUGCUUCUUGCUGUCUUCAAGUGGGUGUUCGUCGGCGACUUCUGCAGGAUGCUUCCCGAAGACAUCGAGAGCGGGUCGGGAAGCGGGCAGCAAGAAACUCAACGGCGGAAGCCGAACAAGCUCACGGCUUCGCAGGGUAUGCGGUGGCGGUGGAUGCAUCGCCUCGUCUACUUCUCUGUGUUCGAGACGCACAUUCUCAACACCGUCCUCAGAGGAACGUGGCUCCUCAACGUCUGGCUAAGGCUCAUGGGUGCAGACGUUUCCAUGAGCGCCCUGAUUCUAGGCAAGGUGGCAGACCACGGCAUGGUGAAGUUGCUGGGGUUCUCCAUGGGCACUGCGUCACAUUUGUCGACGGAGUCUCGUCCCUCGAAAUGGCGCCUGCUUCUUAAGUCAGGUGAACGUGCGGUUGUGCACGCCCACACAGCGAGCUUUUGCACGGAAAUGCGGACUGGAUCAACGAUGACGGCCGGGAGCGCCACGCUCAGCGGAAAGGUUUUACAAGCCAGAGAUGUGUUCGGGGGGCGGCCUCCUAAAGCUAUCUAG